CUAAUUUUUCUAUUAAUUUUACGAAUUAAUUCUUUAUCUCAUGGCUUUUUUAUUACACAAAAUAUUGAAAAUAAAUCGUUAUCGCGAGAGAAUUCGAUCGAUGACAAUGGCGAAUGUUUCGAAUAUAAAUAAAAUAUAUAUUUAUAAUUUUCCAUUAGUUCUAUUCGAUAACGAUAUAAUGUGUUUUGAAGAUACUCGUUUAUCAUCGUGCAUAUAACAACGUGCUGAUGGAUAAAAAUGACCUGACGAAUCUGUCAGCUUCUCUGAAUUCCUUUCCAUUCCUUUCCUUUCCUUUUCUCUCCACUACCGCUUAUUCUCUUCCUACUUCUCCUCCUUCUCCUCCUCCUCAUCCUCCUCCUCCUCUUUCUCCUCUUCUUCUUGCUAUCCUCCCCCACUCUUCACAGUUGGUCCAGUGUUUCAUUAUACCGUAUGAAGUACACAUAGCAACCGACAGUUCGUGCGACGAGUUGGUACCGGUAACGGUGUUUGGAAAAGAUUGCGUCUUCUAACUGCGAAAGAAGAAGAGAUAAGAGAAGAGAUGUCUCCCAGUCAAUAUUAUCACGUGCAGUGCACGCCAACCGUCUACCCGGCUGAUCCUUUUAAUUCCGAGGAAGAUGCGACUCUUUUACGAACGGCAAUGAAGGGCUUUGGUACUGACGAACAAGCCAUUAUCGAUGUACUUGCCCAUCGUGGAAUCGUUCAGCGUCUUGAAAUCGCUGAAAAAUUUAAAACGAUGUACGGGAAAGAUCUUAUCUCUGAAUUGAAGUCCGAGCUUGGCGGUAAUUUUGAAAAAGCUAUUAUCGCCUUGAUGACACCACUUCCAGAAUUUUAUGCAAGAGAAUUGCACGAUGCAAUUUCUGGAAUGGGCACGGACGAAGGUGCUCUCAUCGAAGUACUAGCAUCUUUAAGCAAUUAUGGGGUUAAAACUAUAGCUGCCGUUUAUAAAGAGCUGUACGAUACUGAUUUGGAGGAUGAUCUCAAAAGCGAUACUUCCGGUCAUUUCAAGAGACUCCUUGUUUCGUUGUCAUGUGCAAACAGAGAUGAAAGUUCGGAAGUCGACGUUGCGGCCGCUACGGAGGAUGCUGAAAAACUUUUAGCCGCUGGUGAAGAACAAUGGGGAACGGAUGAGAGUACGUUUAAUUCUGUAUUGAUCACGAGAAGUUUCCCACAAUUAAGACAAAUUUUCAAAGAAUAUGAACGCCUGGCUGGUCAUUCAUUGGAAGAAGCUAUCAAACAAGAAUUUUCAGGCUCUCUCGAAGAUGGUUAUCUAGCAGUUGUAAAAUGCGCCAGAGACAAAACCGCAUACUUCGCAGAAAGACUAUACAAAGCUAUGAACGGAAUUGGUACUACUGAUUCAACGUUAAUACGAAUAAUAGUAGCACGAUCGGAAAUUGAUUUGGGUGACAUCAAGGAGGAUUAUCAGAAAAUUUAUGGAACAUCGCUUGCAGGUGACAUCGAUGAUGACACUUCCGGUGACUACAAGAGACUCUUGCUUGCCCUACUCGGAUGAAAACGUUUUGAUCGUUCAACAUCUCCUUUUUGCUUUUAAAUCGUAUUUUAAUACCAUGGAUGAUACGUAAUGAUUAUCUCUUCUAAAUUUUAAGUUAAUUAGUUUCUUCUCAAUAUGAUUCUCAUGAUUGAGGGUGAAUAAGAUUUGAUUAUGUAUGUGUGUGCGUGUUCCAAUAUUUUUUUUUUUUUGAUUCGUUUCGUUUUUUUUUCUUUUUCUUUUUUUCCUCCCCUUCUUCUUUGUCCCUCGAAUAAAGUGCAGAAAAUCGCAUUUAUAGAUCAUGCUAGUCUGCACUUUAAAAUUACAUUGUAUACGAAACUUUCAAGAGAAAGGAUUAAUCGAAACCUUUUUACAAAACAAAGGCUGUGAGCUACUAUAAAAAAAGAAAAAAAAAAAAAAAAAAAAAGAAGAAAAUAAUAUUUUGUAUUUUCAAUUUGCAUUACUUUAUGAAGAUAUCGAUUAGCAUUUAGUCAUUACGUUAUCCGACUUUCUAUCACAGGGGCUUCGAUAAAUAAAAAUAUAUGGUAGUAACACGAGGAUUAAUACAUCUAAUUAACAUUAAUACAUGUGUGUAAAUUAACAAAAUAUACUAAUUGUAAUUUAUUUUUGGAACAUGCAUGCGUAUGAAUGACAUUCGGCGUGGUGUGUAUGUGUAUAUAUAUAUAUAUAUAUAUAUAUAUAAACACACACACACAAAUAUAUGUAUAUGAAAAAAGAAAGAUUUGUAUAAAUUUUCACACACGAUUGCUUUCAUAUUAACGCAAAACUUUAAUUUUUCCCAAAAAUCUUUGUUUCCAUUUACAGAACGACUGCAGCGAUGACUUUAAAAGGCUUCUGAUCGCACUUUUGAAUUAAUGAAAGAUCACGGUGACUUUCUUCUUAUCUGAGAGCAAUUCAAUCAUGCAUCCUUAAUAUUAAGUAUUAAUCAUUCGCGUGUCUCACAAAUGUAAUAUCUAUAUUUGUUUUUAAUAAACAUGCACGUGUGCGAAUAA